AGUCUCUGCUGCUGUGACCUGCUGCAGUUUAGUCAACGAAACAUUCUAGCUGGUUUAAACUCGCACCGGGGAUGAUAUGGAAUUCAUUUUGACAUUUUAAACAUUUAUGUCUUCAAGAAGGCCGUGCAUAGUGUGACUUUUCAGAGGUCAUCAUGGAUUAGCUGUAGUUCAGUGGCUUUUCUCCAGACAGUGUGACUGACAGCAGGAACAGGGACAAGGGACUUUGGUGCUACAAACGUUAGCUAGCAACGCAACUUAGCUAGACGUAUUGAUACAGCUUUACUGCUGCGACAGUUGUUGUCUAGCGUUGGCGUUAGCCCUCAGCUGUCGUUGGCUGCUGCUUGCUAAUGUGUAGCUAUAGUUAUUGCCUCCCAGUGGUGGAAAAAGUAUUCAAAUCUUUUAACGAUUCCUGGACUGGUUUGAGAUCCUUGAGAGAUUCUCAAGGCAGCAUGGCUCCCAAAGACAUCAUGACCAACUCCCAUGCCAAAUCCAUCCUCAAUGCCAUGAACUCACUUCGCAAGAGCAACACACUCUGUGAUAUCACCCUGAGAGUGGAGAACACAGAUUUUCCAGCUCACCGGAUUGUCUUGGCUGCCUGCAGCGACUACUUUUGUGCCAUGUUCACCAGUGAGCUUGCAGAAAAGGGGAAAUCUUUUGUCGACAUUCAGGGGCUCACUGCAGCGACUAUGGAGAUCCUGUUGGACUUUGUGUAUACAGAAACAGUGCUAGUCACAGUGGAGAACGUACAAGAACUGCUUCCUGCAGCGUGCUUACUUCAGCUCAAAGGGGUAAAAAGAGCAUGUUGUGAUUUUUUGGAGGGUCAGCUUGAUCCCACCAACUGCCUGGGCAUUCGAGACUUUGCCGAAACACACACUUGCCUCGACCUGAUGCAGGCCGCCGAGCUCUUUUCCCAGAAGCAUUUCUCCGAGGUGGUUCAGCAUGAGGAGUUCAUGCUGCUCAGCCAGACAGAAGUUGAAAAGCUCAUCAAAUGUGAUGAAAUCCAGGUGGACUCAGAGGAGCCUGUAUUUGAAGCCGUGUUAAACUGGGUCAAACACAACCGAAAAGAGCGAGAGCCCUACCUGCCAGACAUGCUCGAGUUUGUCCGAAUGCCGCUCCUCACCCCCCGCUAUAUUACAGAUGUCAUUGAUGCCGAGCCCCUCAUUCGGUGUAGCCUGCCAUGUCGAGACCUUGUCGAUGAAGCCAAGAAAUUCCACUUAAGACCAGAGCUAAGGAGUGAGAUGCAGGGCCCACGCACACAAGCUAGAUUAGGUGCCAAAGAAGUCCUGUUGGUUAUAGGCGGGUUUGGCAGCCAACAAUCACCAAUAGACAUAGUUGAGAAAUAUGACCCGAAAACACAAGAAUGGAGCUCCCUUCCUAACAUUGCACGGAAAAGGCGUUAUGUCGCCACGGUGUCUCUCCACGAUCGAGUUUAUGUGAUCGGAGGCUACGAUGGUCGGUCGAGGCUCAGCUCCGUGGAGUGCCUGGACUACACAGCUGACGAGGACGGUGUUUGGUACACCGUCGCCACCAUGAAUGUGCGCCGUGGCCUCGCUGGAGCCACGACACUCGGAGACAUGAUCUAUGUUGCCGGUGGCUUCGAUGGCAGCAGGCGUCACACCAGCAUGGAGCGAUACGACCCAAACAUUGACCAGUGGAGCAUGCUGGGAGAUAUGCAGACAGCUAGAGAGGGAGCUGGUCUGGUGGUGGCCAGUGGACUCAUAUAUUGUCUAGGUGGAUACGAUGGCCUAAAUAUCCUGAAUUCAGUGGAGCGGUAUGACCCACACACAGGCCACUGGACAAGUGUUACACCAAUGGCCACCAAGCGGUCAGGGGCUGGUGUGGCUUUACUCAACGACCACAUCUACGUAGUGGGAGGCUUUGAUGGUGUUUCACACCUCGACUCCGUUGAGGUUUACAACAUCAGAACAGACUAUUGGACCACUGUAGCCAGCAUGACGACGCCUCGAUGUUACGUAGGAGCAACUGUUCUCAGAGGACGUCUCUACGCCAUCGCUGGAUAUGAUGGGAACUCUCUCCUCAGCAGUAUUGAAUGUUACGACCCGGUCAUCGACUCCUGGGAGGUCGUCACCUCGAUGGCGACGCAGCGGUGUGACGCUGGCGUCUGUGUUCUACGAGAAAAGUAAUCUUUGCCAAGAACAAGAACCACAAGAGGGAAAAAAAAAAAAAAAGCAUAUGGGAAGACAGGCAGCUAGACUUUGCUAAAAUGCCACUAAAAGAGAGCCACACAAAAGGGAGAUGUCUGUUCGCCAGAAUGCAAAUAAGUACUCUCAAAAACAGAAUAGGUGCAGCAGUUUGGGCUGCCUUCUCUACUGGAUGGUCAACCCUUCGACAGUUGGACUGUGCAACGGAGAUUCAGCUUCGCCGGGGUGGACGUCACCUCAAAAGAGGCCUCCAUGGAGCCCAUCACCACUUGCAUGACUCUCUUCGGUGGUACUUGUUGCUUUCGUUACCUGUGAGAUUAUUUUUUCAUUUUGUCUUCAAAGUGCAAUAUAUUUCUACUCAUCAUAACAGAAAAAAAGAUGGAGUUGAUUUAGACUCUGGUUGCUGCUAUAUGCCUUAUAACUUUGGCCUACAUCAAACAGUGAACAUCCGUGUUGCCUCCCAUUUGACUUCAAUGAUAGUUCCAGUACAUUGGCUUAUUAUCGAGUGUACUCAUUUGGCAUUUGUUAUGUCCUUAAUGGGUCAUUAAUUCAAGCCCUUUUGUAAUUCUUUCUGUAAACACUGCUUCUAGAUUCAAAUCACUUUAAUUCAGACGGUUUAUUAAGUAUUGUUGCUCUCAGAAUAUAAAUUUAGAGAUCAAUAUUGUUUUAGAAAAUGACUGAAUUGUACCAGUUGACUAUGGUUAUUUUGUCCCUGAAAAAUCACAAAGUAAUAAGUAUGAGGUGCAUGUGAUUUUUUUCUUUUUUUUUUUUCUUCCUCAGCUCAUAAAUCUGGAUAUCUACAUGUAGGACACAAAAUCCUAGCAUCACUGUUGCCUGCGAAGUGAAUAAAAACACUUAGAACUGACGCCUUUUAGCCUCUCAGUCUGUAAACUCCCGAUAAGUGAAGCAGAGAGACAUAUUUGCUUCACACGUCGUCAGCUGAGUCAGUGGCACUGAGUCAGUGGCAUCAUCAUUCACAUCCACAGAGCAAAUGUGACUCAUCAUCCAUCCACAUGAAGCAGUUUAAUGUCUCAAGUUCACCAAACUGUACAAGGUAGACGUGUCCAUUUUAUCCCUGUGCACCGUUUUAACAUGAAAACUGAAUGUCCACAUGCUACCUAAUUACCAAAAAUGGCUGGAUGGCAUGAUAAGGUUUAAUAUUUGUGAUUUUGAGUGAAAUGUCUCAACAUCUAUUGGAUCGAUUUGCUUUAAAAUUUCGUACGAACAUUCAUGUUCCACUCUGAAUAAAUUCUAAUACCUUU